GAUUAUUCGUACAGAUAUCGCGCCACUUCGAAAGUGAACCAAUAUGAAACAAUCAUCUCUCAGCAAUGCAAUCGCAAAGUUUUUUAAGACGACGACUUUGCAUGGGUUUAAGUAUUUAGUAUCCCAAUAUUAUUAUGAUCGUAUCGGAUGGGCGCUGUGCUGCCUGGCCAGCGCGUGCUGCGCGGGCGUGCUGUGCGUGGUGCUGUGGCAGCGCUUCCUCAAGGUGCCGGCGCUGCUGCAGUUGCGAGACCUCGGCAGCGCCGACGACUUCCAGCAGAUACCCAAUGUGGUCGUCUGCCAGCCGCCAGAUGUUGUCGUGGAGAACUUCUUGAGUCGCAUAACUACAAACGGGGUGAACACAAGCAGGCUCCCGACAACGCUCACGAAUGCUCUCCAAGGCAAGCCAACUGACGAGUCUCAGGUGGAUCUCCUGGAAGGUCUGCUCACGAACAACGAUAUGACCCUGCAGCAAGUUCUCUAUGAGUAUUCACCGGACUGCGUCGACCUGAUCAAGAGGUGUCGGUGGAGACACACGCCGGUGGACUGCGAGAGACUGUUCAAGAAGGAACUGACGAGAUGGGGCGUGUGUUGCGUUGCUACUCCUUCAAGAUUUGCAAACAUUUCAAUCCCCGCGCUGUUAGAAUUGGACGUGAUUCGACAGCUGGACAUGGCAUUGCAAUGCGCUAACGGUUCAGUUGCCCGCGGCUGUGAGUUCUUCACCAAAUACCCGGGCGAGGAGUGGGUGUCGCCGACGCGGCUGACGCCGGGCCGCAACUACUGGGCCUACCUGACCUUCACGUCGGAGCAGGACAGCGAUGCCGACAAGCUGGUCGACGGCACCUGCGUCAGUGCCAGCGGCUACUCCAGGAGCCACUGCUUGCUCAAAUGUACAGCACAUAAGUGUGGAUGUUCGGACCCACUUCGAAGUAUUGGCAGCGAAGAGAACUCACUUCCAACAUGCGACUUAAAGCGCAUUUCAUGCUUGAGGACUCUUGGACUUAGAGGUAAUUCAACCUGCUCCUGUCUGCCAUCAUGUAAGAAGGUAAUAACUCGAUUGGACUUGGAGUCUUCUCCACUAAGAGAAUUGGAAUCUUGUGUAGAUCCAUUAUACACCGGUUUGAAUGCUACAGAAGUGGUAGUUUUCCGAUUAAGAGUGAAUAUUGUUGUCUCUAAAGUAUUUUCUCUUAUGCCCACGGAAACUUGGCUCACUUUGUUGUCUUCUUUGGGUGGCGUUUUCAAUAUGUUCUUGGGAGUUGGACUUUUUAGUGCACUUGAAUUUUUGUUCCUUUUGUUUGUAAAAUUACCCAUUGCGGUAAGGCGGUCAACUGAAAUGGAUGCACCAACUUCAGUUUUUAAUCGAGGCGACUAAAUAUUGAUAACUAAUUAUUUUUUAUAAAGUAUUUUGGAACUGUAUUUUUUUACAAUUACUUUGUUCAUAGAAAUGGAAAAUUUCUUGAUUUACUCUAAAUACCUAAAGAGUUAGUAAAGCCAACUUAUUGAUCAGCGACUACAACAAAUAAUGCAUUAAACAUUAAUUCAUCAACAUUGCAAAUAUCGCGCUAGUCAUGAUGGUUCAUUGACAAUCGACUAAACUAUUCAAAAGCGGUCUGAACUUUAAUGUCAGUGCCACUUUAAAAAAAUAAAAUGUCAUGGCUGUCACCACUCAGCUGUCACUGCUGUCAUUCUGCUACUGUUCGCCACACGUGUGAUUAUUUCAUUUCGUGUUUAUUUUAUUUUUAAAUCUUUGUACCGAUUAUUUCACUCAUUGCGAAUAGUUUUAAAUGUAA